AUGUCGUCCCAACACAAACUAUCUAAAUUCAAAAGUGCCGUAGCAGCCUCAUCCUCGUCUUCAUCCUCCGGCUCUCGAGUAUCCUCACCCAAAGCUGCCAUACGUUCAUCCAGCACAACGUCCACGAACAUCUCACAGGCUAAUACGCUCCAAGCAUUGCAUCAAGAACAACUUGCCCGAAUCGGCUGCAUUACGCUCCCGAAUCUAGCGUGUGCGCAUUCGCGCCGAUUCAUCCACCUUGCACGUUUACAGGCGCAGGGACCGGACGCCAUGUGGUCAACGCAGAGGGUGCAAGCAGUACAGUACAGGCGCAGUCUGUGGGCUGAAGAUGUCGAGCCUGAAGCAGAAGCAAGAGUGAAACACGACAGUGGACGCAGGAUCGUACCGGACUUUUAUCAUAAGCACAACCCAAGAUGUGCAAGAUGUGCUCUUCCGCUCGUGCCCGGCUUGAACCAGCGCAUGCUCAGCAACCCCUCUACAGAGACCAAGAAAAGGAACAAGAACAUCCGCACCAGAAGCAACAAGCGCGUCUCGUGCUGCUCACUCUGUCAUCACAAGACGUGGAGCUCCUAA